UAGCAACAACCAGCUAAACGAUACCAAGGUUUUGUCAAUUUAAGGCCUAGAUUUGAUAUAAAUUUUUAUUUAUCACAUUACAAACUUAAUUUGUGAGGAAAUCGGAAUUUGUACUUUAUAGUGCAACCAGUGACUGGUUUUUGGUGUUUGAAUUCUCAUUGUAUUUACUUCAUUUUGAUCUGCGAAUGGACGGAGAAACAAGUCACGGCGGCUUGCGUGCCGUCUGUCCCUGCUGCUAAUUUUGAUCAUAAACAACCAACAGGUACCUUUGCACUGGAACUUUAAACCAGUCGAAGAUAGUGUACUAACUAUUCCCCCUACCUAGGCCUAGCAGAUAAUUUUUAAGCUGUUGCGGACAAUAUUAUCCGGCUAUGUCAGAUGUAAAGUACGUACCUGCCAAACAUAAUAAAGGCAAGAAUCCAGAAAAUCCUCGGUCGUUUUUGCCAGCCCUGCCAGCAGCAAGGUCAAAACCAAUAUGGAAGACAAAUCCACCCUCAUUUAUCCUGAACGGAAAACCACCUGAAGAGGAAGUUGACGACCUUAAUGUCGUAUCACAACUGGCCCCACGCGAUUCAAAAAAAGGCAAAACAAAAAGAAUUCGAACCAAAUCCUGGGAUCCAGAACAGCAUGACGUCAGCGGCAAAAGUGGAAAGGGCUUCUCUCAUCCAAGGAAGGACAGGGAGUCCUUUCGUAAUGCACUUGUUAACAUCAUAAUGCAACAAGAAAAAGAUGAGAGCAGACCACCUUCAACAGUUACAGAUGCGCCUAUUGUAACCACAAGGUCUGGUUCACCGACAGCAGCUGAAAAAGACAUCUUAAGAUACUACUACUACAUUCACAAUGGCAUAGACACAGAGCAUGUGGCACCAAUGGAAGACUCGUGGCUGGAGAAUGUCAAGCGUUUGGUGUCUGAAGACCUCAAGUGUGGACAUGCUUUGACUAUUGAUAACUUAUCAGAUGAAAUGAGGGAUGACUACCUUCUCAGCGUUAAGAAGGCUAUAGUUGAUUUUGUGCUGCGGGAUCCCAGAGAGAAAAGUGAGGACAAAAAAGAAGAGUUGACAGAUGCUAGAUCUGAGCUAGCUGUUGUUCCUAAGCCCUGGAAGAAAUCAUUCCUCGCAGCCCAAUCCCAAAUCACCCAGGAGCUGAAUGUUACUAACCCUACCAUGCUGCAGGUUCUUGAGUUGUGGCAUGUUUCAUUUGGUAAGCUUAGAUUAGUGGAUAUAGAGGAGUUUCACAACAAACCAGAUUCCAUGGAAUUAGCGAUCUUCCAGAACCUUGUAAUGAGACAUAUAGAAUCUGCAAAAGAAAAACUUCUCAAAAAAUGGUUUCCAGAGGUACAGAACAUAUACUACCAAGGUAACAGAAGGAAGCUCGUACCAAGUAACCACAAUGGACGCAAACUGGAGGCAUUCUUUAACUGUGCCGCAACCUUGAUGACAGCUCAGUUACAAACAUUGUGUCUUGAGUCAAUGCAAGACUUCACAGAUCUCAUCAGCCAGCCAAAAGAUUCAACCAGAGCCUAUGAACAUUCUGGAUUUAUCCAACGUCUUGUGUUGGAUGGAACAGACAUCAAGUUUGAGCCAACAUUUUCCGACUUUGAAAUUGUGUUGUUAAAUGUGUACGACGUGAUGUUGAAGGCUGUUGGUGUGAUUCCACGUGUGGAGACCAAGCUUUACUCAGAAUGGAAUGGCCCAAAAUCGAAGGCAGUACUCCGUCCAAUCAUUUUGGAAGAGAUUUUGAAUCGUCAUAAAGAGGAGAUCAAAAGGGUAGUAGAAGCAGAAAGCACAAGACCCAUUGAACACCUCAAGAUAUACGAAAAGUACAACUUUCUAGUCAGUAAACAGGCUGAAGCUGAUGUGGAACAGUUCCUCUCAGAAGAGCAUAACUUUGACGACUACACAAAAGAAGUGGAGAAGUACCGUAACUUAGUUGAUGAAAUCUCAUAUAACACCAGAAAGGAUCGUCAACAAAAGAGAAAGGUGAUACGCCUUGGUAUGUUUGAAGUACACUGCGAUGAGCUCAUCCGUGCAUUGUCAAAGAGAGCAGAUGCACUAGCUUCAAAACUAUUGGCUAGGAUGUGCAAGGAUCAUGCUGAAGCCAAUCGAAAGUUGUGUGAGGAGUAUGAGGUGAUUGCAGAAAAGGCCCUGACGACUCCUGCCAACACAGAACAGCUGAUGGAACUGAAAGUAUAUAUAGAGAAUGUUGAGAAGAAGACAGUGUUCGAGCUUGAGAAGGAGCUGUACCUUAGUAGAGACCGACUUGCAUUCUUGGUUGACUACGCCAGCUUCUCUCCUGCAGAGAUGAGACUCAAUAGCAGUACCUUCCAGUGGAACGAUCGCAUGCAAGAGAUUUUUGAUGAACAUAAGCAGAUAGUCGCUGAGAAAAAGAAUCAAUACCAGGAAGGUCUGAAGUUACGGCGUGACAGAUUCAAUGAAGAGCUGGACGGCUACAGCAAACAGCUGGAAGAGUUCCAGACAUUUGGUGACUUGUCUGAAAUUAGUCGUUACCUCAAGAAAGCUCAGGCUCUAAGUACCAGACUAGAUGCAGCUGCAGAAAAGAUUGAUGGAUUCAAUACUGAAGAGGAGUCAUUUGGUUGGCAGACAUCAUCUUACCCCAAGAGGUUGACCAUUAUCAAUACACUGCAGCCUUACUAUAAGCUUUAUGAAACAACUGUGGAAUUCAAUAACAAACACAAGAACUGGAUGGAUGGAGCCUUCCAAGAUGUUGACCCUGACUCUGUUGAUGCAGAUGUAGGUAACUACUGGCGUACCUUAUACAAGCUGGAGAAGUCCUUCAACGACGUUCCAAAUGCCAAGAAGAUUGCUUCCAAGAUUAAGGAAAAGGUGGAAAGUUUCAAGGAAAACAUCCCAUUGAUCAGUUGCCUGUGUAAUAAUGGAAUGCGGGACAGACAUUGGGAACAAAUGACUGACAUAGUUGGUUUUCCAAUUAAACCAGAUGAGGACACUACUUUAUCUAAAAUGUUGGACAUGAAUCUAGAAGGCUAUCUCUCUAGAUUUGAGGGCAUUAGUGAGGCAGCUAGUAAAGAAUUUUCGCUGGAGAAAGCAAUGGAGAAGAUGGUUUCAGAGUGGGCAGAGAUUGAGUUUGUUAUGAUUCCGUACCGUGAGACUGGCACCCACAUUUUGUCUUCAGUGGAUGAUAUCCAACUGCUCCUUGAUGAUCAGAUUGUCAAGACACAGACCAUGAGAGGUUCUCCAUUCAUCAAACCCUUUGAAAAUGAGAUCAGGGACUGGGAAGCUAAGCUGAUGCUGCUACAGGAAAUACUUGAUGAGUGGCUGAAAGUGCAGGCCACCUGGCUCUAUCUGGAGCCCAUCUUCAGCUCACCUGACAUCAUGUCUCAGAUGCCGGAAGAAGGUCGAAGAUUCUCUACUGUAGACAAGAACUGGAAGGAUAUCAUGAAAGUUGCUGUAGUGGACAAACAUGUCUUGGCUGUGACAGAAAUUGAGAAGAUUCUAGAAAGAUUGAAGAAGUCUAAUGAACUUUUGGAACUUAUUCAAAAGGGUCUCAAUGACUACUUGGAGAAGAAGCGACUGUACUUUCCACGAUUCUUCUUCUUAUCUAAUGAGGAACUUCUGGAAAUAUUGUCCGAGACGAAAGACCCAACUCGUGUUCAACCUCAUCUUAAGAAGUGCUUUGAAGGCAUUGCUAAUUUGGAAUUCACUGAUAUUCUUGACAUUACCCACAUGAAGAGUAGUGAGGGAGAAGUUGUUGCCCUGAAGGACACUAUCUCAACAGCAAAGGCUAGAGGGCAGGUAGAGAAGUGGCUUCUGGAGCUUGAGAACCUGAUGAUCACCAGUCUUCAUAAGGUAAUUGGAGAAGCGGAUGUAGCUUAUGCUAACAAUGAGCGAGUAAAAUGGGUUGUGAGUUGGCCCGGUCAGGCUGUCCUAUGUGUGUCACAGCGCUACUGGACCAGUGACAUCCACAAGGCAAUCCAGGCAGGCCAGAAAGCCUUAGAAGACUACUUACAGCAGAACAACAAUCAAAUCGAUGACAUAGUUGAACUUGUCCGUGGCAAGCUGUCCAAGCAAAAUCGUACCACUCUUGGAGCGCUUGUCGUACUGGAUGUCCAUGCCCGUGAUGUGCUUGCUUCCCUGGUAAAGCAUCAAGUGUCGAAUGAGAAUGACUUCGAGUGGCUGAGCCAGCUUCGUUACUACUGGCAAGAUGGUCAUAUGUUGACAAGGAUGAUCAACUCUAUGUUGGCCUAUGGUUACGAGUACCUAGGAAACUCUGGUCGUCUGGUUAUCACCCCACUUACAGACAGGUGUUACAGAACUCUGUUCGGUGCCCUCCAUCUUCAUCUUGGAGGAGCUCCAGAAGGGCCAGCUGGCACUGGUAAGACAGAAACCACCAAAGAUUUGGCAAAAGCUGUUGCAAAGCAGUGCGUUGUCUUUAAUUGUUCUGACGGUCUUGAUUACAUUGCUCUGGGCAAGUUUUUCAAGGGGCUUGCAUCUUGUGGAGCCUGGUCAUGUUUUGAUGAGUUCAACCGUAUUGAUUUGGAAGUGUUGUCUGUUGUUGCACAGCAGAUUCUUACAAUCCAAAGAGGUAUCAGUGCUGGUGCUGAAUCCCUCCUCUUUGAGGGCACUGAGAUCAAGCUUGACCCCACAUGCUCGGUCUUCAUUACCAUGAACCCUGGCUAUGCAGGUCGCUCAGAGCUUCCAGACAACCUAAAAGCCUUGUUCCGUACGGUAGCUAUGAUGGUUCCUGACUAUGCUAUGAUUGCGGAGAUUGUGCUGUAUUCAUGUGGUUUUGUCAAGGCUCGCCCACUCUCUGUUAAGAUUGUCGCCACAUAUAGGCUCUGCUCAGAACAGCUGUCUUCACAACAUCAUUAUGAUUAUGGAAUGAGAGCAGUCAAGUCUGUGCUUACUGCAGCUGGUAACUUGAAGUUGAAAUACCCAGAGGAAGAUGAAGAUAUUCUGAUGUUGCGCUCAAUCAAUGAUGUCAACUUACCUAAGUUUUUGUCACAUGAUCUCCCAUUAUUUGAGGGUAUAACAUCUGACUUGUUCCCUGGUGUUACGUUACCAAAGCCGGACUAUGCGGUCCUUAUUGCCGCCAUUCAGGAGAACUGUGACAAAAUGAAUUUGCAACUUACAGAUACUUUCCUCGAUAAGAUUCUACAGAUAUACGAGAUGAUGAUUGUCCGCCAUGGUUUCAUGAUUGUUGGCGAACCAUUUGGUGGGAAAACAGCAGCUUACCGAGUAUUGGCAGCAGCUAUUGGGGACAUUGCAGAAAAGGGCUUGUUGGAUGAAAACAAGGUACAGAUUAUAGUGAUCAACCCAAAGUCAAUCACCAUGGGUCAGUUAUACGGUCAGUUUGACCCAGUUUCACAUGAAUGGUCAGAUGGUAUUUUAGCCAUCAGCUACAGAGCAUUUGCAUCUUCAACGACACCGGAUCGCAAGUGGUUGAUCUUUGAUGGUCCUGUGGACGCCAUUUGGAUCGAAAACAUGAACACAGUAUUGGAUGAUAACAAGAAACUUUGUCUAAUGAGUGGUGAGAUUAUUCAGUUGGCUCCGACCACUAAUCUCAUUUUUGAACCUAUGGAUUUGGAAGUAGCCUCCCCAGCUACGGUGUCGCGUUGUGGUAUGAUCUACAUGGAGCCUCACAUGCUAGGCUGGCAGCCCCUCAUGACUUCGUGGCUGAACACUUUACCAAGCACUCUAAGUGACGUUCACAAAAAACUCAUCACAGAUAAUUUCAAUCGAUCUGUACCAGCCAUGCUGCAGUUCAUAAGGAAAGGAGGUGUAAAGGAGCUGUCACCUACCAGUGAUGCAAAUCUUGUGAAGUCUCUGAUGAAUUUGAUGGACAGUCUGAUGGAUGAGUUCAAAGAUGAAGCAACCUUUAACAAGCUGGAUGAAAGAGAAGUGAUUUCAUGGCUAGAGUGUAUGUAUCAAUUUUCGUUUGUGUGGUCGAUUGGUGGAAGUGUGUCUGAUGCAGGUCGAAUCAAGUUUGAUGCUCUUUUCCGUGAGAUCCUUGAUGGUGGUCUGUCCGAGGAAUCGCGUACUAAAAACCACAUUUUGGAAUUUGUUGACCCACCACUCAAGCCGUUCACAGUACCGUUCCCAAAAGAGGGACUUGUUUAUGAUUACAGAUUCAUUAAAGAGGGUGUUGGAAGAUGGGAGAAGUGGACAGAGGAGAUUAAGAGUGCGCCAGAAAUUCCCAAGGAAUCAAUGGUGAAUGAGAUCAUUGUCCCCACAGUCGACACAGUCCGCUACACGGAGAUCAUGAGAAUGUUGGUUACCCACAGCACACCAUGCUUGUUUGUCGGGCCUACAGGAACAGGCAAAUCUGUCUACAUAACCGACUUUCUGCUGAAUAAGCUAGACAAAGAAGUUUAUAAACCAAACAUUAUCAACUUCUCAGCUCAGACGAGUGCUAACCAAACUCAAGAUAUUAUUAUGUCCAAGUUAGACAAGAGGAGAAAAGGACUGUUUGGACCACCACUUGGCAAAAAAGCCAUUGUGUAUGUAGACGAUAUGAACAUGCCAGCCCGUGAGACAUAUGGAGCACAGCCUCCAAUUGAGCUGUUACGGCAGUGGCAGGACCAUUGGAACUGGUAUGACCGCAAGGACUGUUCUGCCAUGAAGCUUGUGGAUGUUCAAAUUAUUGCCGCUAUGGGGCCUCCUGGUGGCGGAAGAAAUCCCAUAACACCACGCUUCCUGCGUCACUUUAACACAGUGACCAUCAAUGAAUUUGACGAUGGGACCAUGGAAACUAUAUUUUCGAAAAUAUUAUCAUGGCACUUAUCUUCAAAGGGUUUUGGUAAAGAAUUUGAGCCAUGCAUAAUGCAGAUAGUUUCAAGCACACUACAGGUGUAUAAGGCAGCCAUGGUGAAUCUCCUACCAACACCUGCCAAGUCGCAUUACCUGUUUAACCUGCGUGAUUUCGCUAGAGUCAUUCAAGGCGUACUGCUGUCGAAUCCAGAGUAUUGUCAGACACCUGCAAGCAUGAAGAAACUUUGGUUCCAUGAGGUAUUGAGAGUCUACUAUGACCGUCUUGUAGACGAUAAGGAUCGUUCAUGGUUGGUGGAAUUCACCCAGACUGUUGUCAAGACACAUCUUCACGAGGACUUUCACCAGCUCUUCUCACACCUUGACUUCGAUGGGGAUGGUAAAGUCACAGAGGAUGACCUCCGUAGCUUGAUGUUCUGUGACUUCACUGACCCUAAGAAUGAAAACAAAAACUACAUAGAGGUAGCCGACGUGGAUAAGCUACGUGUCGUUGUUGAGUCUCAUCUUGAGGAAUUUAACCUCAUUAGUAAAAAGCCAAUGAACUUGGUUAUGUUCAGAUUUGCGAUUGAGCAUGUAUCUCGUAUCUCGCGUAUCAUCAAACAACCACGUGGUCAUGUCCUAGCUGUUGGCGUUGGUGGAAGUGGGCGUCAAUCUCUGACGCGUCUCGCUGCCCAUAUGGCUGACUGUGAACUUUUCCAAGUGGAGAUCAGUAAGAGUUAUGGAACAGUUGAAUGGCAUGAAGAUUUGAAAUCCAUCUUGAGGAAAUCAACUAAUGGAGAACAACAUGGAGUUUUCCUUUUCAGUGACACACAGAUCAAGCAAGAAAGUUUCUUGGAAGACAUCAACAACCUUCUAAAUGCUGGUGAGGUUCCAAACCUCUUCCCUACAGAUGAGAAGGCAGAAGUCUGUGAGAGAAUGCGUGUCAUAGACAGACAGCGUGAGAAGUCCAGACAAACUGAUGGAUCGCCAUUAUCACUAUUCAAUAUGUUUAUCGAUCGAGUCCGUGACCAGAUGCACAUUGUUCUCGCAAUGAGUCCAAUUGGAGAUGCCUUCAGGAACAGGCUUAGAAAGUUCCCUUCACUCGUAAAUUGCUGUACAAUUGACUGGUUCCAGUCUUGGCCGGAAGAUGCAUUACAAGCCGUUGCGACACGUUUUCUCGAUGAUCUGGAGAUGAGCGAUGAUAACCGAUCUGGAUGCAUUGACAUGUGUAAAGAGUUCCACACUUCCACCCGUGAUCUGUCUGAGCGAUUUUUGAAUGAGCUUGAUCGACAUAACUACGUCACUCCUACAUCAUACCUAGAGUUAAUUAGCACCUUUAAGACAUUGCUUAACAAGAAAAGAGCGGAGGUUAUGAAGAACAAGAAACGUUAUGAGGUUGGUCUUGAGAAACUUCAAUCUGCUGCCUCGCAAGUUGCAGGGAUGCAAAAAGAACUAGAGGAUCUUCAACCUCAGCUGAAAGUGGCCACAAAAGAAGUUGAUGAGAUCAUGGUCAUCAUAGAAAGAGAUUCUGUUGAAGUUGCAAAGACAGAAAAGAUUGUAAAAGCUGAUGAAGAGGUAGCCAACAAGCAAGCUGGAGCAGCCCAAGCUAUUAAAGAUGAGUGUGAUGCUGAUCUAGCUGAGGCUAUGCCUAUCCUCAACUCUGCCCUAGCUGCACUCAACACUCUCACUCAACAGGAUAUUGGUGUUGUGAAAACCAUGAACAAUCCUCCAGCCGGUGUAAAGCUGGUCAUGGAAGCUCUGUGCAUUUUGAAAAAAAUUAAACCAGAUAGGAUUCCAGACCCAUCAGGAUCUGGAAAGAAGAUUGAGGAUUACUGGGGACCAUCUAAGAAGCUUCUCAAUGACAUGAAGUUCUUGCAGACACUUAUUGAAUUUGACAAGGAUAACAUUGCACCAAACAUUAUCAAGGUCAUUCGUACCAAAUAUAUAACCAAUCCAGACUUUGACCCAGAGAAAAUCAAGAAUGCGUCAACUGCUUGCCAAGGUCUCUGCAAGUGGAUAAUUGCUAUGGAAUCGUACGAUAGAGUUGCAAAGAUCGUUGCCCCGAAGAAAGAAUUACUCAAGAAAGCUGAAGCCGAACUGAAAGUCGCCAUGGCGAACUUGGAAAAGAAACGCUCCAUGCUCCGAGAAGUACAAGACAAACUGCAGAAGCUCCAAAAUAAACUGGAAGCCAACAAGAAAAAGAAGGUUGAUUUGGAGAACCAGAUUGACCUCUGUUCUAAAAAGCUAGAGCGAGCUGAGCAGCUAAUUAGUGGCCUAGGUGGCGAGAAAGACAGAUGGAAGAAAACAGCAGCUGAACUUGGAGAGUUGUAUGUUAACCUGACUGGUGAUGUUCUAAUUUCUUCUGGUCUUGUUGCAUAUCUUGGUGCUUUUACAUCCGUCUUCAGACAAGAACAAAUACAAGAGUGGUUUAAAAAAACCAAAGACAUGGGUAUCCCAUGCUCCUUGGAGUUUUCACUUACUGCAACCCUGGGAGAGGCUGUACUGAUUCGACAGUGGAACAUUGCUGGUCUUCCCACUGAUAGCUUCUCAGUAGAAAAUGGAAUCAUUGUCAGCAAUGCUCGUCGUUGGCCGCUAAUGAUUGAUCCACAAGGCCAAGCCAACAAGUGGGUAAAGAAUAUGGAGAAAGCCAACAAUCUUCAUGUGAUCAAACUGACCUCUAGCGACUUUGUUCGUACUUUGGAAAAUUGUAUCCAGUUUGGAACACCAGUUCUGUUAGAGAACAUCAACGAGGAAUUGGACCCCAUUUUGGAACCUCUCCUUCUGAAGCAGACAUUCAAACAGGGUGGAAGUAUCUGCAUCCGUCUUGGUGAUAGCACCAUUGAGUAUUCACAUGACUUUCGUUUCUACGUCACCACUAAACUGAGAAACCCUCACUAUCUACCAGAAACAGCUGUUAAGGUAACAUUGUUGAAUUUCAUGAUCACACCUGAGGGUCUGGAAGAUCAGUUGCUGGGUAUUGUUGUUGCUCGAGAACGGCCAGAAUUAGAAGAGGAGAAGAAUGCACUUAUACUUCAGAGUGCUGAUAACAAGAGACAAUUAAAAGAAAUUGAGGAUAAAAUCCUUGAAGUUCUUUCAACUUCCGAAGGCAAUAUCCUCGAAGAUGAGACAGCCAUAAAAGUACUGUCCUCCUCCAAGGUCCUUGCCAAUGAGAUAUCUGAGAAGCAGGCCAUCGCAGAGGAGACCGAGAAAAAGAUUGACACGACACGUAUGGGCUAUACCCCAAUAGCGGUCCAUUCCAGCAUUCUGUUCUUUACCAUCGCUGAUUUGGCAAAUAUUGAACCCAUGUACCAGUACUCUCUGACAUGGUUUGUGAACCUAUUCAUUAAUGGUAUCGAUAACUCGGAGAAAUCUGACAACCUAGAGAAACGUCUGGAGAACCUCAGAGAGUUCUUCACCUACUCGCUGUACUGUAAUGUCUGUCGCUCUCUAUUUGAGAAAGAUAAGCUAUUGUUUUCUUUCUUGCUGUGCACAAACUUACUUAAACAUGCCAAAGAGGUUGACGAGGAUGAGUGGCGUUUCCUACUCACUGGCGGCGUUGGUCUUGACAACCCUCACUCCAACCCUACUUCCUGGUUACCAGUUCAAUCAUGGGAUGAAGUUUGUAGGCUGUCAGACAUGCCAAACUUUGUAGGUCUUCGCAAGAAGUUUCCUGCCCAAAAGGAAGGCUGGAAAGUCAUCUACGAUGAUACCGAACCCCAGCAUCAGGCUCUACCUGGAGAAUGGGGUGAACAACUUGGAAUGUUCCAGAAAAUACUAAUUCUUAGAUGUCUACGACCUGAUAAGGUUGUACCAGCUAUACAGGACUUUGUCACUGCCAAACUCCAUAAGAAGUUCAUUGAGCCUCCACCCUUUGAUCUUGGAAAGGCAUUUGGUGACAGCCAUUGCUGUGCUCCUCUCAUAUUCGUGCUUUCCCCAGGAGCAGAUCCUAUGGCAGCUCUUCUCAAAUUUGCUGACGAUCAGGGAUUUGGUGGCAGCAAGCUGAGUUCCCUGUCCCUUGGUCAAGGCCAAGGUCCAGUCGCAAUGCAGAUGAUUGAGAAAGGUUUGAAAGAAGGUACAUGGGUUGUGCUGCAGAACUGUCAUUUAGCUGUUUCUUGGAUGACAACACUGGAAAAGUUGUGUGAGGAUCUGAAUCCUGAGACCACACAUCCAGACUUCCGUCUCUGGUUGACCAGUUACCCAUCGCCCCACUUCCCUGUUGCUGUGCUCCAAAAUGGAGUAAAAAUGACGAAUGAACCACCUGCCGGUCUGAGGGCCAACAUCGUCCGCUCCUAUCUCAGUGAUCCCAUAUCAGAUCCAGAAUUCUUUAGCAGCUCCAAGAAUAUGCAUGCCUGGAGGAAGUUAUUAUAUGGGCUGUGUUUCUUCCAUGCACUGGUGCAAGAAAGGCGUAAAUUUGGACCUCUUGGUUGGAAUAUUCCUUAUGAGUUUAACGAGACAGAUCUGCGCAUCAGCGUCAGACAACUCUCCAUGUUUCUUAAUGAGUAUGAGGAGGUGCCGUUUGCAGCCAUCAAAUAUCUAACAGGAGAAUGUAACUACGGAGGACGAGUCACUGAUGACCGUGACAGAAGAACACUUCUCUCCAUCCUAGAUAAGUUUUACUGCAAAGAGGUUAUAGAGAGUGAAGACUACAAAUUUGAUGUCUCCGGAAUUUACUUUUCCCCCAAAGAUGGAGAUUAUGAGAGUUACAUCGAGUACACCAAAAAUCUACCCCUAAACCCUCAUCCAGAGAUCUUUGGUAUGCAUGCAAAUGCAGAUAUCACCAAGGACCAAGCACAAACAAAACUCCUUUUUGAUAAUAUUCUACUUACCCAGGCUCAGUCCCGCGGUUCAAAAGGUGGUGCUAAAAGUAAUGAUGAGGUGAUCAACGAUGUUGCAUCUGACAUCCUUGCCAAGUUGCCCCCUGUGUUCGACACAGAGGCAGCUCUGAGGAAGUAUCCAACAACAUACACGCAGAGUAUGAACACUGUCCUCGUGCAGGAGAUGGUACGAUUCAACAACCUGCUUGUAACAGUCCGUGCAAGUCUCAUCAAUAUUCAAAAGGCAAUUAAGGGUUUGGUAGUGAUGUCAUCUGAAUUAGAGGAAGUCGCCAACAGUGUAUUAAAGGGACGUGUCCCAGGCAUGUGGAUGAAAAAGUCUUACCCAUCUCUGAAGCCUCUAGGAAGCUAUGUCAAUGACUUUUUAGCAAGACUUAAAUUCUUGCAGGAUUGGUAUGACACAGGCCCACCUCCAGUCUUCUGGAUUUCUGGCUUCUAUUUCACACAGGCCUUCUUGACUGGAGCACAGCAAAAUUUUGCAAGAAAGUACACAAUUCCGAUUGAUCUACUUGGUUUCGACUAUGAAGUUUUGGAUGACAAGAAGUAUGACCAACCACCAGAGGACGGUGUGUAUGUAAAUGGCCUGUUUGUUGAAGGUGCUCGAUGGGAUAGGAAGACAAAACGCCUAGCUGAAUCCCAUCCAAAGAUGUUGUAUGACACCCUACCAACGAUGUGGUUUAUCCCCAUCAAGAGAGAUGAAAUCCCAGAAAAGACCUCCUAUGUAGCACCUAUCUACAAAACAAGCGAAAGACGUGGUACGCUUUCCACAACAGGUCAUUCCACCAACUUUGUGAUUGCAAUAAACAUUCCAUCGGACAAACCAUAUGGACAUUGGAUUGGUAGGGGUGUUGCUUUACUUUGUCAGCUGGAUAACUGAGUUCAUAUGUAUUUAAUUGUAUUAUAAAUAUAAAACAUCUUGUAAUGUAAAAUAGGCUUGCGUGGAUACAAUGUCUAAACAAGUAAAAACUUAAAUACUUAAUGUAUUCCAAAAAGUUGAAUUGUCUAUAUGUAAUAAUAAGAAAUAGAUAUUACAAGAGAAGUAUACAACUUUGAAGAAUUUUGGUAUUUCCAAAUUGCCACUAUAUAAUGAAUAUACAGUAGUUUUAUUAUUCAUAAAAAUAUAUGUAAAUAUGAUUUAGUGUAUUUAUAUGUGAUCAUAUAUAAAUAUAUAACUUAAUGCAACAAAUAUGAUAGAUAAAAAUUAUAAAAACUAUACUAAAUGCAUUUAUAAUCAAAUUCAACAUAUUUAGAACUUUGUAUCAUCACAUUAGGAUGACAAGAUUGUAACUCAUUUUUUUCGGUUUUGAAAUUAUUUUGAAUUCCACUCAGCAAUUAUUUGAGUUUGUUGCAGUAAAAAGGUGUUUGUUGUCAUAAAAAUUUUGCACAUAAAAUUCCUGCAUGAAUACAGUUGUAGCUGAUUGCAUAUUCCCUUGAUUUUGUACUAUGAUGUCUGUAAAUUGUACAGCUAGUUUGUGCUUUUCCAUCUUUUAUAAUUAAUAAUAUAAUAAUUAGAUAAUAUAUUUCAUUAUAAAAAAAUCAAAUCAAGAAUAUACUUUAUUAUUUUCUUCAUCAAAAUGAAACAAAAAUGGCAUAAUAAUCUUGUUAUUCUAACAUAAUGAUAUGUCAGAAAUGUAAAAUUUAUUUACAUAAAUAGAAUAUUAUAAUUUGACAUACACACAUAAAAUUAUAAUGUAUACAGUUCUUCCUUGUAUUGAAGUCAGCUAUUCUUCCUGUUGCUUUGUUUUUGUAGCAGUUUGAUUUAAGAUUUUGUGUGAUUUUUAAUGGUUAGGCUUGAAAGUAAGCUGUACCAAACAAUUGUAAAUCUCUAUAAAUAUAUUCUUGAAAAAAAAUAAAGCAUAAUUAUGUGUGAUGAAA